AUGGCACCUCAGAACGACGGAAAUACGAUAUUCUUGACAGAGAAAGAGGCGGAUCGCAUCCAGAAUACGGUUAAAGCCAGGUUGAAGAAAUGUUCCGAACUUGCUGGCAGUGCGCGGGAACCGAGGGACUCGAUAUCAGCUAUCCAGCAAGCUACUGGCGCGUCUCUCAUGUUAGAUAUGGGCGGCGCAGCGGACCCCGACCUGACCCAGCCAGUAGGUAAAGGACAGACAUUACCAGCGCUUGGCGUCGGGCAGCCCUAUCCACCAUGCAUCAUCCCGCUCCAGGAUUUACAGCCUAUGAAACUGGCCGAUCUUCAAAUGGAUACUCAUCAUUGUGGCCGUCGCCUUACUGUGAAACGUCCGCGCCGCUGUCCAGUAGUCAUCCUUGCGGCAAGGUCGUGGACCAUGGUGCAGGACGAAGCGGAACACGAGACAGAGCGCUUAGAGAUGUGCCUGCACAAGUCAAGACACGGCGAAGACGUCCUGGAGUCCGCCUCUCUUUAUAUCAUUAAGGAACCUUAUUUCACUCUCACAAAUCAAGGCGAGCCUACACUUCGGAUCGACCAUCCUUCCGAUCUCAUCAUCUGUAGGGAUGAGGUGGAUAACGGGAGUCUAAUCUUGGGCAAUGAAGUAAUUAGCCAGGCUGAGGACGCAGCUGCAGUAGAGAAGAUCGCGAGAACAUGCAAAGACAAGGGCAAUGCCGCGCUCAAACAACAGGAUCUACCGCUAGCUCACGCCAAAUACACUGAAGGUCUGAAAGUUGCUCGGCAAGAAGUUCUAUCUAACAGUAAUCCCGACCUAACUCGGGACAUUUCUCGCAAUCGCGCUCACGUUAACCUCCUUCUGAGUCAACUAGACGAAGCAAAGACUGAUGCGAAAGCCUCUCUCACUGGCAGAGACGACCAGCGAUCCAAAGAUCUCGACACCAAGGCUUAUUUCCGUGCCGGCUGUGCUGCUUACAAUCUCGGCGAAUAUGAAGAGGCGAAAAGUUUCUUUGGUGAGCAACAGAAGCUCACGCCUAGUGACAGAGACGCAAGGGCCUAUCUCCGAAAAAUCGAGAUGCGGCUCCGCGAGCAAGAGACAGGAAGAUAUGAUUUCAAGAAGCUCAGAGCCAACCUGUCUCGAGCGCGUCCGCGGGUUGAUGCAGCAACUUUCACCAGCAAUACCACGGUGAAAGAGAGUCCAGGACGAGGGCGUGGCCUGUUUGCAGCUCGUGGACUAGCUACCGGGGAGGUCAUCAUGUGCGAAAAGGCUUUCUGUGUGGUCUACGGUCAUGAAGGCAACACUCUGACGGCCAUGACCUACGACGUACGAGACGAGCGGAUCAGAGUGUCACCUGUCGGAUUAGGCUUGGCGGUCAUACAAAAGCUUCUCAGCAAUCCCUCCCAGAUCGAAAAGUUCAUGGAUCUUCGCGGCGAGUACCAAGGCGACGGCAAAAAUGUAUCGAUGACUGAAGAUGGCCCAGUCAUCGAUACCUUGCGAGUCCACGACAUUGUCUCCCGCAACGGCUUUGGCCUGGGUAGCCAGUAUGGCGAGGAAGACGCUAGCAACGCGAGUACCGGUAUCUGGAUUUGGACCGCUUACGCCAACCACUCUUGCAUUGCCGCCAAUGCGGAGAAGGAGUUCAUCGGCGACCUGAUAGUUCUUCGCGCCACUCGACCUAUCCCCGCCGGCGAAGAGAUCUUCAUCAGCUACGAUUGGUCGAGCGACUAUGAUGCAAGGCAGUCGAACUUGAUGACUACCUGGGGUUUCGAAUGUGACUGCGCCCUGUGCGUUGCGGAAAAGGCUGACGAUCCCGCCGUGCGGAACAAGCGGCGAGAGCUGGAGGGCGAGGCGGAUGCCUUCAUCGAGAGGGAGCAUUGGGCUAAGGCGAAGAGGGUCGUCAUUGCGAAGGCGCAGCGGCUUGCAAAGGCUAUUGAUGAGACUUAUGAUGGUGAGAGAUAUAAGGGAGUGCCUCGCGUGGCGUCACUGAGAAUUCUGGAGUGGCUUGAAAAAGCGAAGUAGCAGUGCGAGAUAUUGAUACCACGCGUACCGCAUCAAUGGACCAUUUUGGGUAUGAUCCAAAUGAUACGCUGGUAAGCAAGUGGUCUGGAUUUCUUCCAUUGCUUUCUGGCCACUCUCUCCGUGCCUACCUGUACUUCGUAUGCACGUGACUUAGGUCCUAAAUAAUCUCGCGCUUCCAGCGCGCAAAAGAUCGACGAGGCAUCACGGGCUGAGGAAUGUUAUCACGUGAUUCGAAUCUAUCCUGUUCUCGUACUCACUACUAG